UGUAGCAUUGCUGUUGCCGGGGAGGUAAGUAGGUAGAGGCGGAGUAAAGUCGGUUGGGACGGACUGUGGCAGACAGAGGACGCAGAUGUCACAUGCUGGAUGAGCGGUGCCUCGAAGCUGGAGGAAUUGAGCUUGAAGAACAUAUUUCAUCAAAUGGGAAACUAUUUUACAAAAAACAGCGAGACUGCCGUUAUUGUUAUAAAUUAAAAGCUUUAAAAGUUGUUGUCCGCGCGGACGCACCGUUUGGACUGGGGCAGUUCGGUCGUUGGAAUUACGUUACCGGGGAGACGGUAGUUACGACGACUGGCCACUCUAAAUACGUGCGGCCAAUCAUUUUUAAGCGUUAAAGCCAUCCCAAAUAAUACAACCAACAGGACAAUUGAAUCCAGCUACUGGAGUUGAGAAGGACAUCGUAAGAAGACGAGAAUCGAAGCAGCAUGGUCACCACAAAGGGAGCAGGUCUGAACCCCAAUGCUAAAGUUUGGCAGGAGAUUCCUGCCCACCAGAAUGACAUCCCAGAGGAGACAGAGAAUUCUCCUUGGCUGCCGACCUACCCCCCUCCUGCUGAGAUGGCCAACGGUUACUCAGACGUCCCCUCUUCAGGGGGAAAAGGACACAACGCUGAAUAUCCUGACAGCACUGCUGACUAUGCCCCUGUACCUGCAAAGGGAAUUGUGAAUGGCAUUGACCAACCUGACUUAGGGUAUUUACUCUUUGACCCGCAAUGCGACUCAGCCAUAGAGGGUAAUGCUUCUAAGGAACAACCAAUAUCUGAGGAGAGCCUAAGAGAGUCAUUGAAGAGACAGCUUGAGUUCUGCUUUUCUAGAGAGAACCUGUCUAAGGACCUGUACCUGAUAUCCCAGAUGGACAGUGAUCAGUUUGUUCCCAUCUGGACCAUUGCUUGUAUGGAGGACAUCAAAGCCCUUACCACUGACAUAGACCUCAUUCUGGAUGUACUGCGAGCCUCUCCCAUGGUGCAAGUUGAUGAAACUGGAGAGAAGGUUCGGCCAAACCACAGUCGCUGCAUCAUUAUUCUGAGAGAGGUGCCAGAGACUACACCAGUUGAGGAAGUGGAGGCUCUUUUUGAGAGUGAAAACUGCCCCACAGUGUUAAGCACAGAGUUUGCACACAACAGCAACUGGUACAUAACAUUUCAGUCAGAUAUGGAUGCACAACAGGCCUACAGAUACCUAAGAGAAGAAGUGAAAAUGUUCCAGGGAAAACCAAUUAUGGCCCGCAUUAAGGCUAUUAACACAUUCUUUGGUAAGAACGGCUUCCGCAGUGUGGACUCAAGUGUGUACAGUCAGCAUGCCCAACCACAGGCUCAGUAUGGCUCCCCAGUCUACAUGCAGCAGGCUUACAGCCCUCAGCAGCAGUACCCUGUAUACCCUGUGGUGUCUCCCUCCUGGAACCCUUCCGUCACACCUUACUUUGAAACACCACUGGCACCUUUCCCGCACAGCGGAUUCAUAAAUGGUUACAGCAGUCCUGGCAACUACAAAGCAAACUCAAGCUCCAUCAACACCCGAACCAUGAGUGGGAACCGAAACCAAGUUAAGGGUCAACCUAGGCCCGGAGGCAUGCCCUCUUCUUUGGCUCCAGAGACCCUGAUGGAUAGCUUGUCUGGUCCCCUGAGUCCACAGCCCCUUCAGACAUCAGGGACGCCGACUGGCACCACUUCAGCGACAGCCUCUCUACCCUCCUUCAGCCUUAAAGACACUUCUCCACAGGCUGUCUUAUCCAGUGGAUAUCUGAGUGGGGCUGCACGGGCCAGGAGAAGUAGCCACAGAGGCAUGAGGAGGAAAAGAGAAGAUGAACACACCAUGAGGCCUGUCCCUUUGAUGGAGACCAAGGUACCACCUCCACCAAAGUUUGACCUGGCAGCUUCCAAUUUUCCUCCUUUGCCGGGAUCUGUUGUCAGUAUGCGGGGAGAAAGUAUGCCAGAAGUACGCCUUUCAGAUGUUGUGCGUGGCCUUAAGGUGACCAGCAAGCAUGUGAGCCAAGAGGUUAACGAGACCCAAAACACAAACAUCUCUGAAGAUGCUGUAAGGAAACCAGAUUCUGUAACCCUUGUUGCUAAACUUGCUCCUGUGACACCGCUCACAGUGGCACCCCACACAGUAGCACCACCAGUCUUAAGUGUGUCUCCUCCAAUAAAAGAAGAGGUUAACGCUGAACCUCCUAUUCCAAAGAAAGAAAUCUCCUUGUCCUCGCAGGCUGCCUCCCCAACAGCCUCUGAACCUGCUCCCUCCACCUGCAACCAGUCUGUUCCCAUAGAAGCACCCUCCCCAUCUCCUCCAACUCCAACAUCUCCAACAUCCGAGCUGGGGGCAAGAAAGCUCAGUUAUGCAGAGGUGUGCCAGCGGCUGGCCAAGGAGCCGCCAGCAGCACAGACGCCCUCUCCAUCCCCCUCCGCCUCCUCAGCCGGUCAACCCCUGCAAGAGCUCAAGGUCAACAGGGUUAAGGAGUCACGGCCCAACUCCAGGCGUUAUACAGACAAACCAGAGAAACCCGGAGACAGCCGCCUGCCUCGUCAACCAUUACGCUCCUUUAGAGGGGCAAAUGGCCAAGUCAGAUCCGGAGGGCUGAAGAUUCGGGAGCAUCAGAGAGGACUGAAUCCUGGCAAACCGUUUUCCCCACACCGGGGAGCCAGACGCAGCGGCAAAGAACAGAAUAUUCCCCCGGGGGAACCCAAAUUAAAAAAGAACUUAUAAAACAUGAACUUCAACAGAAAUGAAAACUAUAUACAGUACAUGUAAAUAUAUGUAAAUAGAUGGAUGACUAUAUUUCAUUUGACAAACUUUUUCAAAGAGUUUUAAUAUUUGUGUGCGUGCGUGUGUGCGUGCGUGUGUGUUUUGAUUUCUCUGAGUGGUAAUUGCUGGCAUGUGACUUAUCGUGAGCUUUUUAUUCAAUUUGUUUUGCAGUGUAAUCAAGGAUAUAUGAUAAUUUAUGAAAUGGAAGAUGUUUAAUCCAUGGCAGAAUAAUAGAAACUGGGGGGGGGGGGUGAUUAACUAAAGAAUGUCUGACCUUUUGAUGAUGAAUAGCAAUGUUUGAAGAAAUUACAUUAUGUAGAAAUGAUCUACGUGAGUUGCGUAAUGAUUAUAAUCCUUCACUGUUUUUACAGUAGUUGUCUUUGUGAUGCAGAUAUUAGAUCAAGGCUAAUAACAUUUAAAACGAGCCCUGCAUUUUUUAAAUCUUUUUUUUGUCGGAUUUAAUCAUUGAUUUAACUCCCGUGCAAAUCUGUAUAUCUUGUUUAUAAAAAAAAAAAAAAAAGUAGAGCAUGAAUACUUAUGAGAAUAGUAGUUGUCGCCAAAUAACCUACUGUCGCUGAGGUUAUAAGAUGUAAGCGCGAGCAGAAAGACUGUCUGCCAAGGUUGAUCAAACGUCAAUAAUGUUGGUGUUUGUCUCACAAAGAAAGACUACAGGGUUUGAUGGCUAACUUUAGUUUCAGCCUUUGCUUUUAAUAUCUAUAGUUUUGUCAUUUCAGUUUCAGGAAUGUUUUUUUUGUUUUUAAAGUAGAAUGGUAGAUGUUGAAGAUUAAGCUGUUUUUAAUUAUUGACUAGCAUCUGCUUCUGAAUUGCUAAAAUGUAUUGGAUGAUCUAAUACACCUCAGGUUAAGGGUUUUCUUUCACAAUAGAAAUGUGUGGCCUCUUCCUGAGGAACGUGGCUAUUUGAUGGUUGACAUGGCCAGUGUCUAAACACAUUGAUUGCUUGCAUUAUCUGGUUUGAUACACAAGGCUUCAGACGAAUGUAGUCCAUUUGGCAUAAAACUUUUGAGCUUGAUUUUAUAAAUGUCUAUAUGUAGUAGCUUUCCUUGAGCGUGUGUAUUUUCCUGCUGUAGACUAGUUCAUUUUCUAACAACAAAUUGUUUUUCUUCUCAUAGUAUUCAAUGUUUGUGUAAUGUUAGAAAAUUUGUGUGUAAACUGAUCUGAGAAAAUAUUUUUGGUCAUAGACAACUGAAUUGAUACCGAUCAGCCACUCAUGCUCAACAAUCAGCAGAACAUGCCUGUUCCUGUAGUGGUGUGACUUGAAAUGCACUAUCCAGAAAUAAGAAAUGGAAAUUGUUGCACAGAAAUUCUCAACUUAAACUUAAAUGUGUUUUCCUUUUUUUUGUUUUCACUUCAUCUAAAUAGUCAGGGGUGUUGCAAAUGAACAAAAGAUGAGUGAAGAUAAAGAAUUCCAGGUUUUCAGGAUCAGGGGGAUAAAAAUAGAUACAUGUUUGGAGUCUUCUAUAGGCACUUGACUGCAGUGUACAGUAUUUUGUGUUAUGUGGCCUGUACAGUUGUCUAGUGUGUGUGUGUGUGUGUGUGUGUUUAUGUAAAUGUCUGUAUAAACGUGUGUGACAGAAAGCUUGCUUUUGCUUAAGACUACAUGGAACUACUAUCUCAAACAAACCUCCAGUGCCUUAACAGUGAUCGAUUUCAGUAUAUAGAGUACAAGAAUUGUGAUUACAUCAAUUUCUCACUCUGAACAUGGCUGGUUAGUUGAUUGUCAAAAUCCAACAUGAUCAGUUUAUGACACUUGGAGACACUAGAUCUUGCUCAAUGUAAAUCUCAGUAUGUUACAAUUGUAGCUUGGGGGCUGGGCACUCUUGAUAUGUGCGUGCAUGCUUGUUUAGCCAUUAUGUGUCUGUUAGUUUAUUUUGUUAGCUUGUUGAUGCAAUGUCAAGUCUUCUAUCAGAUUCCUGCUUAUAACUCAAAAUCAAACAUGGGACUGCAAUUUUCAGCCAAGUACACACUGGUUUAUUAAGUAAUUGUUAUUGCUGAGCCUAAAAUAAAGAUUUAUUUUUAAACA